AUGUCACCCCUCCGCCGGCCAGUGGGGCACAAACUUUCCGUAGGACUACCAGAGUCACAGCAGGACAGCACUCCAACCUCAAUAGACUUCCACGACCAACAGUGGGAACGGCGCACGGGGCUGCUGCAUCACCAGGCCCUUGACCUAGAGCUGUUUGGUAGUGUAGUUAACCUCGUCCUCUUCAUCGAAAGUAACAAGGAGCUGAGGUUCCAUGUGGGUGCACUGGUGACCCCUGGUGGUGGUGUUUGA